AGAAGAAGAAGAAGAAGAAGAAGAAGAAGAAGAAGAAGAAGGUUGACGUUGAGUGAGCUAUUGCGUAUCACCAUAUUAUACUUCGCUUAUGAAAUCCUAGGCUACCUUGUUGCUAGCUAGUUGCUUUACUUAUUGACUAGGGCGAUAGUGGGUUGACCUUUAUCUCAGUACAUUCUCACAGUUCUGUGGUGAUUGUCACUUCCAAGUCACUUUUACGACAGUGCUCGGAUAGUGAAGUUGGUUGUCUUGCUCGCAUCCGAGUCCAGUGGGAUGCUUGCGAAUAAUCUGACUUCUCCAUACGUGAUUCUUUUCCAUCAAAUCGUCGCACCAUCUCUUUUUUCUCAUUGACAGCUAGCCACAAAGCGAACGGAACAAUCAGCUAUGAUUUGUAGGCAGUGUGCAACUCUGUUGGGUCGAGGAGGUGGAUUUACCUUCCGAAAUCUUGUCAAAGACCUGUGUGUGGGACGAUUACAGAACGUCAGAGACAUCCACAGAACCUCAAAAAUCAGAACCUAUGACAUGAGAAAAGUGGAACUUACUCCCUUGGAACAAAGGAAAUUAACUUUCGACACGCAUGCUUUGGUGAAAGAACUGGAAAAUAAUGGUUUUGAAAAGGGCCAAGCAGAAGUCAUUGUGACAGCACUGGUGACACUGACUACAGCAAACAUGGACAUAGUAUACAGAGAUAUGGUGACUGCAACACAUCAGGAAAUCGCUCUUCAGCAGAUCAUGGCUCAUCUUGACUCCAUAAGGAAAGACAUGGUGAUUCUGGAGAAAAGUGAAUUUGCAAACCUCCGUUCUGAGAAUGCGAAAAUGAAAACUGAACUUGAACAGAUCAAGGACAGGCUAAAUGAGAGUCAGAAAAUCAGAGCAGAUGCGAAACUGGACAUAAAUUUGGAAAGAAGCAGAGUCACAGAUAUGUUCACUGAGCAAGAGAAGAAACUAAUGGAAAUCAGUACAGAAUUCCAGAAGCAGAAUGCAGAUAUUGAUCGUGGUACAUUGGAAACAACCAAAAAAAUAGACAUUGAGGUUGCUUCAUUGAGAACACUUCUGGAAUCUCUCAAGCUUGAAACUAUUCGUUAUCUCGCAGCAUCUGUGUUCUCAUGCUUGGCUAUAGCCUUGGUCUUUUACCGACUUUGGAAGUGAAAGCUUCAAUCUGUCAUCUGUGACUGAGAUUUCCUUGCAACAACUGAUAUCUCACCCUUGAAAACGGACCAUCUCACCCUUCAAGAGCAUUUAUAUUUAAUCUUGUGUGCGACAGUGUGCCAACAUUAGUUUAUAGUGUACAGUGAUAAAAGAAUUUAGUGGACUUUGUAUAUUUUGAAGCAUAAACUAGUUUUACAGUAGUUGUUUACCAAAGAGUUCCGAUUUGUAAUGCACGUUAUAUAUGUAACUGUCAUUAAGCAAUGUCAGUAUUAAAAAUUCAAAAGCAAUGUUAGUAUUUCAUCAGUAAAAUAUUCCAAGGGUGGCAGUGUAUUAUAAUGGUCAGGGAACUUGUAUUCAAGGGUGAGACACUGCCAUUGUACCUGUGAGCAAGCUACUGUAUGCCUAAAUGUAAAGUAAUUGAAUACGCACAAAAUUGAAAUAGCAAAUCCAAUAUGGAUUAGGGCAAUUCCACAGUAAUGUUAACCUGAGCAUGUCAAACAGUCAAGUUAUUAUGUCCCAAACAGUCGAUUGUGACCAUUUUGAAAUCUGGUCAAAUGUAGGCUAACAACAGGAAAAUGCUUCAAAAUGUAUUAUUAGUCCCAUUACCAUUAAAAUCAAUGCCAUUUGGCGGCCAUCUUGAAAACAUUAAAAAUCAUUUCAGAUGGUUUUCACAAUGUCAAAACUGAUAUUCAGCACCAUUUCAGAUGACAACAAAUGUGUUAUGAUAAAAAUUUAAUUGGGAAGUAGAUCGUCAAACAAUGUGCAUCUGAAGACAAAGAUAUAAGUAUUUUCAAAAUUGCUAUUUUUAUGUUCAACCAAGCCUCCUACAAUACAUGGAUAUCAACCUUUCUGCAUUACAAAGUGUAUAGUCUCCCCAAAAUACCUGUCUUUUUGCGUCCAUAACGCAAGUUAUUUGUCACAUUUUCUGGCUUAAUAUUUUUGUGAAAAAUGUUUUGCCUCCCUCUGCCAAGUAGGUGCUAUGACAAUAUGCAUUAACAUUUUUUAUCAUGUAAGAAGAGUAAUUUUUCUGAAGGGUUUUAUCUGUCAUUUUGUGUCUAAAUGUCACAUCCAUAACGCUGGAAUUGCCAAUUAAUUAGAUUGCUCAUAAUGCACCUGACCAAGUCUUUUCUUUUAUUGUAUCCGUUUCACAAACACUCCACCAACAUCACUCUUUCUGUUCUUCUUCACUUUCUUUUUUCCCCUAGCCUGGAUUGCCUGGGGACUUUCGUCCUGUGGACGGAAAAUCAAUAGUUUUGAAUUGGUAUUCAGCGUUGUUCAGUGUUAAGUCACCUCUGCUAGAAUGUGGUGAUUUGACUUUCAGCCAACACCCUCACACACUAAACAAAUGUUUAUGAACUA